AUGGUGAGCGAAGAAUGUUAUCGUGAAAACCCCAAUUGGACACAAUUGUUUUGGAGUGCCUGUUUUUGGAGUUAUCCAGUUUAUGUUCUCUCUAAUCUGCACAAUUUGGAAGUCGUCAAGUAUGACAUGUACGGCAACCUGAUCCAGAAUCAAUAUAGCGAGUCACACAUCGUAGAACUACAGCUAAGCUUUGUAAAUACUAUCAAGCUGAGAUUGUUUAGUACAGAAACACUUACAUUUGAACCGAUUUUAGGUGGUAGCCGAGUACUGGUGGCGUUACCCGUCCAAGAAUCACCAUUAGAACCGAUCCAGUAA